AUGCCGACUACGAUGCCGUCUGGAAUUGUAUCCAUUUCUUGCCAGCUAUCUCUGAGGAGGCAGUACGAGAUCCGUCUCGAUCAAGUUGCGAAAUGGGAUCAAACCACUGUUAGAUUAUUUAAAUUCUACCGAUCAAAACCGCAAUAUAGUCCGGACCAAAGCUCAUCACCAGCUCGAGCGGGUUUCAAACCCGCGGUCAAGCACUUUGACGUAAUGUCAGCUAUUCUUUUUGGCCGUUGGCCGGAACUCAUCUUCAUCCCUCGAUUGUCUGUAGUUCGCGCCAUUUGGGCCAUCUAUUUUGCCAACAAGGCGCCAUUUACCAGACCCGUUGCCCCACCUCGUUUGCCAACAUUCUCCUCUGUGUCUCCAUGGCAGCCUGAGUCGGUCUCUGUAAACCUUGCUUCGUGA